AUGGUGGACAUUGGGAUGCUGGGUGUGACCGGCGUUGGGAUGCUGGGUGUGACCGGCGUUGGGAUGCUGGGUGUGAUUGGCGUUGGGAUGCUGGGUGUGACCGGCGUUGGGAUGCUGGGUGUGAGCGGCGUUGGGAUGCUGGAUGUGAGCGGCGUUGGGAUGCUGGAUGUGAGCGGCGUUGGGAUGCUGGAUGUGAGCGGUGUUGGGAUGCUGGGUGUGAGCGGCGUUGGGAUGCUGGGUGUGAGCGGCGUUGGGAUGCUGGAUGUGAGCGGUGUUGGGAUGCUGGGUGUGAGCGGCGUUGGGAUGCUGGGUGUGAGCGGCGUUGGGAUGCUGGAUGUGAGCGGCGGCAAUGGCUGGUUGCUAUGUUUAUUAACUUUGUUAUCCUGUGUGGAUUACAGCCGGGCCGGCCGACAGAGCUGAGCCAUCACUCAACUGGGAGGCUGAUUAAAAGAUGAAAAGCCAUCGAUCGCGAGCAGAGCAGACAAGGCUUUUCUCAGGCAGCGUGUUUUGUUUGGACGGGUGUGUGUGUGUGUGUGUGUGUGUGUGUGUGUGUGUGUGUGUGUGUGUGUGUGUGUCUAGAGGUGUGAGCGCUCAGGCAGCCCACCAGUCAGGCUCAUAUGAAUAAUGGCUCAAGGACAGACAUCAUUGAUUCAUCGACAGGGGAAGUGGAGCGGGUCAGAGAGCCAGCUGUUGACCGUUCACGCUCCCUGCCAACCGCUGCUCUCGGCGUUCAGCGGCGCGCGUCCGCCAGCGCGCGGAGCGCGCAGCGGAGCGCGCGAAGCGCGCGCGGGGAGACAAGAGCGAGGCGCCGCAGCGCGCGGCGAGCACAACAGCGCGCGCCAGCGGAGCGCGCGCCAGGCGAGACGCGGCCGCAGCGGAGAGAGGCGAGGAGAGACGAGACGAGAGAGCAGCGAGCGCGAGCGCAGCGCGCGCCAGCCAGCGCGACCGAGCCGCAAGAGGAGGCGACGACAGCGGGCGCAGAGCGGGCGCCGCCAGCGCGAGCGCGCCGCAAGGCGACCGCCAAGCGCGCGAGCGCCGCAGCGCGCGGGCGCGCCAGCGCGCGCGCAGAAGAGCCGCGCGAGGCGAGCGCGCGCGCGCCACCAGCAGCGAGCGCGCGAGACAGGAGAGCGCGCCGCAGCCGGCGCGACCGAAAGAGGCGAGGCAGCAGAAAGCGGCCGAGCAGCGCCGAGCCAGCGCGAGGCGCGAGGCAGACGCGUGGCGGCCAGGAGCGCGCGCGCGCACGCGCGCAGGCGACGCAGCGGCGAGCGCAGACAGCGCGAGAGAGGCAGCAGAGAGCGGCGCCGCAGCGCGCGCAGCCGAAGCGAGCCGAGCGAGCAGCCAGAGCGAGGAGAGAGAGCAAGCAGAGCGAGCGAGCGCGGAGACAGAGGCGAGAGCGACGGAAAGAGAGGAGAGAGACAGAAGAGAGCGGAGAGAAAGAGCGAGAGAGGAAGAAGACGAGGAGAAGAAAGAGAGCGCGAAGAACGAGAGGGGCGAGAGAGAAAAGGGGAAAGGGACGGGCGGACGAAAGGAGCGAGAGAGACGAGGAGGGAGAGGCAAGAGAGAGAGGGGAGCGGGGCAAAGGAGGGAGAGAGCACGCGAGAGGGAGGAGAAGAGAGGGGAAGCAGGGGCGAGAGAAAGAAGAGGGAAGAAGAAAGAGGAGAGGGGAAAAAGGGAGGGAGAGAAGAAAAGACGAGAGAGACUCCUCUCUCCUCCCCUCUCUCUCCUCCAUCUCUCUCUCCUCCAUCUCUCUCUCUCCUCCCUCUCUCACUUCGUCCCCUAACUCUCUCUCCUCUUUCCGCUUUAUCUCACACCUCUACUUCUCCUCUAUCUCCCCUUCCUUUCCUCUCUCUCACCUCUUUCCCUUCACUCCUCUCUCCCUCCCUCCAUAUUCCAUUUAUCCCUCUCUUCCUGCCAUUCCCCCUUACCUCCCCACUAUCUCCCCUCUCUGUCGUCUCAGUCCAGAGUAUUUCCGCUCGGCCAGGCUGUGCGUAGACAGUAAAGUCCAGAGUGCUUCCGCUCAGCCAGGCUGUGUGAACACAGUACAUCUGUGUUUGUGUCUCACCUUGCACGUGCAAGACAACCGAGUGAUAGUUCAUGUACAGUAUAUUAGCUGGUGGCUAGGCUGUAAUGGCUCUAAUGGCUAGGCUCUAAUGGUUAGGCUGUAAUCCAGAGCACAUUGACUCAUGUCACUUACAUCACACACCCUAACAUGAGUUUUGAACUGAGUAACUAAUGUCCUCCUCUUCCUGUGUUUAUCUUCCAGAUCUGCCCCCUCCCCCCAUCCCCCCUCCAGCGGGGCUCAAGUCCCCCACACACCCCUCCAAGACAGCCCUGGAGGCCCGGGGGAUUAUGUCCCCCAAGGCAGGCGAGGGCAGGGACAGGAGAGGGGGCUCAGGAGGAGGGUACCGGCCACGGGAGGGAUCGGACCCCCGUACCAGCUCCUCGGAGCGCCGGGAGACCCAGGACAGACAGAAGAUCCCCCGCACAGGGAAAGGGAAUAAACAGGAGGGGAGCAGCACCAAGGCACGCCAACACCCAGGUACAGAGAACACCUAGGGACAUGGAACACCCAGGUACAGAGAACACCUAGGGACAUGGAACACCCAGGGACAGAGAACACCUAGGGACAUGGAACACCCAGGUACAGAGAACACCUAGGGACAUGGAACACCCAGGUACAGAGAACACCUAGGGACAUGGAACACCCAGGUACAGAGAACACUUAGGUACAUGGAACACCCAGGUACAGAGAACACCUAGGGACAUGGAACACCCAGGUACAGAGAACACCUAGGGACAUGGAACACCCAGGGACAGAGAACACCUAGGGACAUGGAACACCCAGGUACAGAGAACACCUAGGUACAUGGAACACCCAGGUACAGAGAACACCUAGGGACAUGGAACACCCAGGUACAGAGAACACCUAGGGACAUGGAACACCCAGGUACAGAGAACACCUAGGGACAUGGAACACCCAGGGACAGAGAACACCUAGGGACAUGGAACACCCAGGUACAGAGAACACCUAGGUACAUGGAACACCCAGGUACAGAGAACACCUAGGUACAUGGAACACCCAGGUACAGAGAACACCUAGGGACAUGGAACACCCAGAUACAGAGAACACCUAGGGACAUGGAACACCCAGGUACAGAGAACACCUAGGGACAUGGAACACCCAGGGACAGAGAACACCUAGGUACAUGGAACUAGUGGCAUUUAACUUAGCAGAAUAUUGUUAUUUCUGCCCUGUAGACAUGCCACUGACAGUGCCACUUUAGAUUGUGAAUAGCUGUAUGUACUGUGUUGAAGGACAUGAGUUCUCAGUGUGUCCUCUCUCCUGUUUUGUCCCAGGACCAGAGGACAUCCUGCCCUACAGCCGCCCCUCCUUCCCCACGGUCCACAGUCCCCGAGACAGGGACCCCAGCUCCUCCAGCUCCAUGUCCUCCCGGGGCUCAGGGGGCCGGCGGAGAGGAGAGGGGGGGCCAGGGGCCCGCAGGAACCCCAACGACAUGGGCCUCAACACCAUGGGGGCCUUCCAGCCAGGAGACGAUGACUUAGAG